CACAUUUUGGUUUUUAAACUUCUUACAUUAUUUUAAUACAUUUAUAUAAAAUGAAUAAUACUGAACUAAAGGAACAAAUUCAAGUUGAUUUAAAUAUAGGAGACCAACUGACGACAAUAUCCUGUGGACAUAUUGUAAAUGAAAUGAUAAAGUUUAUCGCUUAUCAAAGGUUGCAAAUUCCAUACACAUAUCAAUGGUUAAAACAACUUGUAAAUAAGAGGAAAGACUCCGACUGUAAGAUAAAGGAGAGUUUACAGUCUGAACGACAUUUUCACGUAGCUUCCACAGCCCUUUCUAAUUUAGAUUUUAUACUUAAGGGUUUAUCGAAAGAAAUUCAAGGUGCCAAUUUGCCUGAAGAGAUAUGCAUAGCUCUUGGAGCUACGCCAGUUACUUGCAAAGAAAUGUACCGGCUCAUUUUGCCUGAAGUGUGCCAUAAACCGCAGUGUCAAUCGGAGCAUAUUGCAAAUGAUCAAAAAAUUCAAAGAAAUGUGUUUAGGUUGUUGGCCACAUCGGAAGAACUGGGUAAAGUCUUUUUUGAGUCUAUAGCACCAACUAACAUGUACAUAUUUAUAAAAAAGAAAGUUUUAAAUAACCAAGAAGUAGUAUGUAGUGACGAUUUUAUAUUUUUACGUGGUUAUAGAGUACCUAACAAGUGUAAAGUUGUCAACAUUGAUUUUAAGAGUAAAAGCAAUGUUAAAGUUACGUGUUGUAAUAACUUUGAUGUAUUUGGUGAUAUCAGUGAAGCUUUGGAUCAAAUGAGCAUCAUCAAUGACAAAAAGACUUUUGAAAAUUGUGAAUUUGAAUCUACUGAUGAUUCCAAAUGGUUUCAAUCCAGUUAUGUCAUGAAAGGGUUUAAAGAUUGCUUUGUUAAUGGCAGUUCUGUGACAAAUUCAUGGACCUAAAUAAAAUAGCUUCAUGCAACUUUAUAUGAAAUUAACUAAUUGAUCAACAUAAAUGAUACAUAAUUAUUAUUAUUAUGCAUUUUUUUUAUUAGUCAAAUAUACAAAUGUUAAUUGUUUUAAGAAUUCCUUUGUCAUAGACUUUGUACAAGUUAAUGUAUUUGCACUGAUUGUCUUUUUUUAAUUUUUGACUGUCCAUGUGUCUGUCCUUUGAACAUGGAUUCUUGGAAAUGCUAUUGUAUUCUAUUGUUGUCGCGAUCACCAGUCUUAUGGGGCUUGAAGGAUUAAGAUCAGAUAUUUUAUAUAAAGAAUGUUAGUGUUAAGCUUGCUCAAUGUGGUAGUAGAAUAGUUAUUAUUAAUAAGAAAUGUUAGUUACAAUUUUACACCAUUUAUUUCUGCUGCUUUUCCAUCACUGAA